AUGGGCGCUGGCGCCAGUGCAGAGGAGAAGCACUCCCGCGAGCUGGAGAAGAAGCUCAAGGAAGAUGCAGAGAAGGAUGCCAGAACGGUCAAACUGCUGCUUUUGGGAGCUGGCGAAUCUGGGAAGAGCACGAUUGUAAAGCAAAUGAAGAUCAUCCACCAGGAUGGAUACUCCCUGGAAGAGUGCCUGGAGUUCAUCUCCAUCAUCUACAGCAACACCCUGCAGUCCCUGCUGGCCAUCGUGCGGGCCAUGGGCACACUGAGCAUCCACUAUGGAGACUUGGCCCGGCAGGAUGAUGCCCGUAAGCUGCUGCACUUGGCUGACACCAUCGAAGAGGGCACCAUGCCCAAGGAGAUGUCUGACAUCAUCGCCCGCCUCUGGAAGGACACAGGCAUCCAGGCCUGCUUCGAGCGAGCCUCGGAGUACCAGCUGAAUGACUCAGCCGGCUACUACCUGAGCGACCUGGCACGCCUGGUGGCACCUGGCUACAUCCCCACAGAGCAGGACGUGCUGCGCUCCAGGGUCAAGACCACUGGCAUCAUUGAGACCCAGUUCUCCUUCAAGGACCUCAACUUCAGGAUGUUUGACGUAGGCGGUCAGCGCUCCGAGCGGAAGAAGUGGAUUCACUGCUUCGAAGGGGUCACCUGCAUCAUCUUCAUCGCUGCCCUCAGUGCCUAUGACAUGGUCCUGGUGGAGGACGACGAAGUGAACCGGAUGCAUGAGAGCCUGCAUCUCUUCAAUAGCAUCUGCAACCACCGCUACUUCGCCAUCACCUCCAUUGUCCUCUUCCUCAACAAGAAGGAUGUCUUCCUGGAGAAGAUCAGGAAGGCCCACCUCAGCAUCUGCUUCCCCGAUUACGACGGACCAAACACGUUCGAGGACGCAGGCACCUACAUCAAGGUCCAGUUCCUGGAGCUCAACAUGCGCCGGGACGUAAAGGAGAUCUACUCGCACCUGACCUGUGCCACUGACACUGAGAAUGUCAAGUUCGUCUUCGACGCCGUCACCGACAUCAUCAUCAAAGAGAACCUCAAGGACUGUGGCCUCUUCUGA